GACUUCCGCCUUCGGCGGGCAGCAGGGCGCGUGCGCAUACGCACAGAACUCAACUGCCCCGUGUGUCCCUUAGCGGUCGCCGUAGCUCCCCACGCGCACGCUCGCUAGUGCUGCUGGUGAGUUCCCUUCCCCACCCACUCCCCGGCUCUGUAUUCUCCUGCCGUAUUGAGUCCUGCUGGGGCGCCGGAGAAGAUGGCGGGGGUCCCGGCGGUGCGGAUCAGCAUCGAGUCGGCCUGCGAGAAGCAUGUGCAGGAGGUGGGCCUGGACGGGAGCGAGACUUACCUGCAGCCGCUCUCCAUGUCGCAGAACUUGGCCCGCCUGGCUCAGCGCAUCGACUUCAGCCAGGGCAGCUCCGGCUCCGAGGAGGACGAGCCCGCCGGGGCCGGAGGACGAGAGUGGCCGGGCGGAGGCGGCGGAGAGAACGACGAGGAAGAGGAGGGUUUGGUAAAAUUUCAGCCUUCUCUCUGGCCUUGGGAUUCAGUGCGAAAUAACCUGAGAAGUGCCUUGACCGAGAUGUGUGUGCUCUACGAUGUUCUCAGCAUUGUAAAAGAUAAAAAAUUUAUGACUCUGGAUCCAGUUGUGCAAGAGCAACUUUCCCAAAAGCAGAAUCCUCAAGUUUUACAGUUGAUGUCCAAGAAGAAGUCAUUAGCUGGAGCAGCCCAAAUCCUAAUGAAAGGAGCAGAAAGGCUAUCAAAAUCAGUUGCAGAGAGCCAGGAAAACAAGCGGCAGAGAGACUUCAACUCUGAAUUACUAAGACUACGACAGCACUGGAAGCUGAGAAAAGUGGGAGACAAAAUCCUGGGGGACUUGAGUUAUAAAAGUGCAGGGUCUCUGUUUCCGCAUCAUGGCACAUUUGAAGUAAUAAAAAACACAGACAUUGAUCUGGAUAAAAAGAUUCCUGAAGAUUACUGUCCAUUGGAUGUUCAAAUCCCAAGCGAUUUAGAGGGAUCUGCCUAUAUUAAGGUGUCUAUUCAGAAACAAGCUUCAGAUAUAGGGGAUCUUGGUACAGUAAAUCUGUUUAAAAGAGCUCUUCCAAAAUCCAAGCCAGGGGCUCCACAUUGGCAAACCAAGCUAGAGACUGCGCAGAAUGUCCUUUUGUGUAAAGAAAUCUUUGCCCAGCUCUCUCGAGAAGCUGUGCAAAUUAAAUCUCAAAUUCCCCACAUAGUGGUGAAGAACCAAAUAAUUUCCCAGCCUUUCCCAGGCUUACAGUUGUCUAUUUCCUUGUGUCACUCUUCAAAUGACAAGAAAUCCCAAAAAUCUGCUUCUGAGAAGCAAAGUCCAGAAGAUCAUCUUUAUGCUCUAGAACAUAAUUUGCACCAGCUGAUCAGAGAGUUCCACAAACAGACCCUGAGUUCCACCAUGAUGCCUCACCCAGCGAGCGCACCUUUUGGCCAUAAGAGAAUGAGACUGGCAGGACCUCAGGCUUUCGAUAAAAAUGAAAUCAACUCCUUGCAACCAAGUGAGGGGCUGUUGGAGAAAAUCAUAAAGCAGGCAAAACACAUUUUUCUGAGACGCAGAACUGCUCGUACGAUUGACAGUCUUGCCAGCCGUAUUGAGGAUCCACAAAUCCAGGCCCACUGGUCCAACAUAAACGAUGUCUAUGAAUCGAGUGUCAAAGUUCUAAUCACCUCCCAAGGUUACGAGCAGAUAUGCAAGUCAAUUCAGCUGCAGCUGAAUAUUGGUGUUGAGCAGAUCAGAGUCGUACACAGGGAUGGAAGAGUGAUUACCCUGUCCCAUCAAGAACAAGAGCUACAAGAUUUUCUUCUCUCCCAGAUGUCGCAGCAUCAAGUGCAUGCAGUUCAGCAGUUGGCCAAAGUGAUGGGAUGGCAUGUGCUCAGUUUCAGCAACCAUGUGGGUCUGGGCCCAGUAGAGAGCAUUGGCAAUGCGUCCGCCAUAACUGUGGCAUCGCCAAAUGGAGACUAUUCUGUUUCAGUCCGCAAUGGUCCGGAAAGCGGCAGCAAGAUAAUGGUCCAGUUCCCGCGGUGCCAGUGCAAAGAUCUCCCCAAAAGUGAUGUGCUGCAGGACAGCAAAUGGAACUAUCUUCGGGGCCCAUUCAAAGAGGUUCAGUGGAACAAAAUGGAAGGGCGCAACUUUGUCUACAAAAUGGAACUCCUUAUGGCUGCCCUGACUCCCUGCUCAUAGGCUGAAGCAAUACACAGGACAGUUGUUUUGAUGCACGUAUAACAAAAGGGAAUGUAAUGAAGGAGCAGCACAGAAGCUUAGGAAAAUGUUGAUGUUGUAUUUCUGCGUGGUGUUGUCUGGUCCAAAUAAUUACAUGGACUUUUUUCUACACAGUUUAAAAAAAAACCCUAAUAAAAUGCUUUCAAAUAAAAAUCUUAAAUCUC